AUGACAACUCCACAGGUGAAGACUGGUUUGUUCGUUGGGUUGAACAAGGGACACGUUGUCACCAGACGUGAAUUGGCUCCUCGUCCUCGUUCUCGCAAAGGAAAAACGAGCAAAAGGACACUCCUUAUCAGAGGCUUGAUAAGGGAAGUUGCUGGGUUUGCUCCAUAUGAGAAGAGAAUCACUGAGCUGUUGAAGGUUGGUAAAGACAAACGUGCUCUCAAGGUUGCCAAGAGGAAGUUGGGUACCCACAAGAGAGCCAAGCGAAAGAGAGAGGAGAUGUCCAGUGUUCUCCGCAAGAUGAGGUCUGGUGGAGCUGCAACUGAGAAGAAGAAGUGA